UAACCUGAAAGAGAGAGAGAACGUGCAGAUCUAAUCAGUCUGGGUUUAGAAUUUUGCGCAGGCAAACCUGCAGACAGCUUCUGUGUGUGUGUGUGUGUGUGUGUGCGCGCGCGCAAUGAGCAGGUUAAUGUUUAUGAGGUUCUGCACUAAGAGUCGGAGUGUUUUAUCCGGACACAGACUGCUCCUGUCCGCGGCUGGGAUGACCACAGACUCACACUGGUUGAGUGCAGCAGAGAGGGAGCAUGCGCUGAUGGAGCUGAAGGCAACGGGAUGGGUGGAGCUGGAGGAGCGAGACGCGCUGUAUAAAGAGCUGCACUUCAAAAACUUUAAUCAGGCCUUUGGAUUCAUGUCUCGAGUGGCUCUGCAGGCGGAGAAGAUGAACCAUCAUCCGGAGUGGUUCAAUGUUUAUAAUAAGGUCCAGGUCACAUUAACAACACACGAUUGCGGCGCUCUGUCGAAGAAGGACAUCCGUCUCGCCAAAUUCAUCGAUAAAGUCGCUCUGGCGAUUUAGUGCUGUGAGAUGGCGUCAUCUCUCUGGAUUUGUGUGUGUGUGUGUGUGUGUGUGUGUGUGUGUCUGUGCUUGUGUGUUUUUGCCUGAGCUCUGGGCUUACCUACGACCUGCUGUAAACACUGAGGCAUAAAGAGUUGUUCUGUCACGUUAAACUGAUCUUGAAUAAACGCAUGAAUACAG